CCUUUGACCUCCCUGCUCCGCGGAGCCGGUGGCGACGUGUUAACCGGAGCGAUUUACUGGGGGGAAAAGAUGGCUGAGAAGAAGCCGAGUGCCAACUUGCUCUUCUCCUCCGACACCGACUUUAGCUUCCCCGUGCCCUUCAUCCCUGUCAGUCAGGCCCAGGUGCCGGACUCGAGUCUUCUUUCAGCCGAUGAAUCAACAGAUGUUGGUGAGGAGGACAGUUUCGUGGGUCAGACAUCCGCUUCUAUGAGCCAUCCACCUGCCUUCAACUAUUUUUCCCAGGCUGUAACUAACAAUGAUCCUUUUGCAAAUAUUGGACACCAUCCUCGUACAACAACAGCACCGCCUGCAAGGACAGUUUCAAACUCAAAAGCCCCAGCUGAAGUACCUGUAGCUUCCUCAGCACAUUCUGCACAAGAUCCCUUUGCAUUUCAGAGCACACAUUCUCAAGCUGGCUUCGUGGCACCUCCAGUCUCUCAGUACAUUAAUACAACCUACCAGAAUAAUCAGCCUGGACUUCCUGCCUCAACAGCUUUCCCAGCUGUCUCUCCUCCUCAGACCCAGCAGAAUUAUAACCCUUAUCGCCAAAUGUCACAGAGUAGUCGUGCAAGUCCUUACCUUCCCCCCCAACAGCUACAGUAUAGCCAAAGCCCAGGUCAGCAACACAUGCCUCCCUUCCAGUCUGCCACACCAACUAAUCAUCUUUACCAGACACCACCGAUCUCUUCACCACAGGCACCUUUGGGGCAAACUGUAUCAACAGUCCCUCCUCCUAACCCUAUCUCCACAGCUUUACAGCCUUUGCUGAGUCCUCCGUAUAACAUUUAUGAGCCAGUACGUCCACACUGGUUCUACUGUAAGAUGGUAGAGAGGAAACCAAUCUGGAUGCCAUUCAGCUUUCUGGACACAUUGAACUUGGAGGAAAUUUAUAACUCUGUACAACCAGACCCUGAAAAUGUAGUUGUGUCAACGGAUGGUGGUCGCUAUGAUGUCUAUCUAUACGAUCGCUUGCGCUAUGCUGUGUACUGGGAAGAGGAGCCAACUGAAGUGAGACGAUGCACAUGGUUUUACAAGGGGGACUUGGACAGCAGGUUUAUACCUUACUCUGAGGAAUUCAGUGAAAAAUUGGAGGGAGAAUAUAAAAAAGCGGUAACUACCAACCAGUGGCACAAGAGACUUGAAUUUGCCAGUGGCGAAACCAUUGUUAUGCAUAAUCCAAAGGUCAUAGUUCAGUUCCAUGCUUCCUCACUGCCAGAUGAAUGGGGAACUACACAAGAUGGACAGACUCGGCCUAGAGUGGUCAAGCGUGGGAUAGAUGAUGACCACGAUGAGAUUCCUGAAGGAGAAUUGCCACAAGUUAACCAUCUGGUAUUCAUUGCACAUGGUAUUGGACCUGUCUGUGACUUGCGUUUCAGAAGUAUCAUUGAAUGCGUUGAUGACUUCAGGAAUGUUUCUCUGAAACUACUGCGAACACAUUUUAAAAAAGCUGUUGAUGAAAAUAAGAUCUCUCGAGUUGAAUUUCUUCCAGUGCAUUGGCACAAUGCUCUUCAUGGAGAUGCAACUGGAGUAGACAGGCGCAUCAAGAAAAUCACAUUACCAAGUAUAGGCCGCUUGCGUCACUUUACCAAUGAGACAUUAUUGGACAUAUUCUUCUACAAUAGCCCUACCUACUGUCAGACUAUUGUGGAUAAAAUGGUUGCUGAAAUCAAUCGACUUUACGCUCUCUUCUUGAAUCGGAAUCCUAAUUUCAAAGGAGGAGUCUCCCUUGCAGGACACAGCUUAGGUUCUCUGAUCCUUUUUGAUUUGUUGGCCAAUCAGACGGGGUGCUCUUUGGCUGGUGAUUCCACUCAAUCAGCAUCUAAUGGGGCUGUGAAAGAUUCUGCAAGCCCAGAAGAGUCCCAGGACCAGAAUUGUCAAGAUACUGAAGAUUUUAAUGAACUGCAGGAUGAACAAGAGGAGGAAUUCCAGUCCUUAUCAGAAGUGUUGGAAUCACUCAGUCUCUCUGAAUACCUCACUACUUUGGAAAAGGAAAAAAUAGACAUGGAAUCAUUGCUCAUGUGUACAGUGGAUGACUUGAAGGAAAUGGGGAUCCCUCUUGGACCAAGAAAGAAAAUUGCCAAUUUUGUAAAAGAGAAGGUUAAUGCACAGGCAAAGAAUAAAGCUGCAACUGAGAAAAAAACAGCAUUGGAAGCCAUGAAGAAAGCUCAACAAGAGGCUUUGCAAAAGACUAAGGAGGAAGCUGCUGAUACCAACUCAUUAGCUGGAGAAAAGCAGAGCAUGUUGAAGAGAGUGCUAUCUUGUGGUGCAGCCACUGUUUCAUCUGUCAAAGUUCAGUAUGAUCGUUUUGAAGCUGGUGCUGGCCAGGUUUCUGUGGCUUAUCGUGGCUUAGAUUUUGAGCCAGACAAUUUCUUUGCCUUGGGUUCUCCUAUUGGUAUGUUUCUCACUGUGCGUGGGCUGGAGAAGAUUGAUGAAAGCUACAGACUACCAACCUGCAAAGGAUUUUUCAAUAUUUAUCAUCCAUUGGAUCCUGUGGCAUAUAGGAUAGAGCCAAUGAUUCUUCCCGACUUGGAUAUAAAACCAGUCCUUGUACCACAUCACAAAGGCAGAAAGAGGCUUCACCUUGAGUUGAAAGAAAGUUUGUCCCGCAUGGGUUCGGAUUUAAAACAGGGUUUCAUUAGCUCUCUGAGAAACGCCUGGCAGACUCUGAAUGAAUUUGCACGUGCCCAUACUUCAACUCAGCUACAAGUGGAGCUAGAGAAGGUAGCAAAUCAAAUUAAAGAGGAGGAAGAUAAACAUGUGGAAGAAGAGCAAAAGCUGGUGGAGAGUCCAGAAUCAUCCAAGGAUGAAGAUUCAACUGUGAAGAUUGGAAUGCUGAAUGGAGGACAGCGUAUUGAUUAUGUUCUACAAGAAAAACCAAUUGAGAGCUUCAACGAAUAUCUGUUUGCUCUUCAGAGCCAUUUAUGUUACUGGGAAUCAGAAGACACAGCUUUGCUGUUUCUUAAAGAGAUUUAUAAAUCCAUGGGCAUCAGCCCUGAACAACCACCACAUUGAUGGCCAUCGACAAAACUGUGUUCAUCUUGAUAUUGGUCGUCAGAGGCACCAUCAGUUUUGCUGAACGCAAUGUGAUUUUAGAUCCCAGAUUGAAAUUGGUAGUCGUAUCUUUUAUUUGUGCAGUCUGCAUUUAUACUACAAUACAAAACAAAUGGCUCGAAACAGAAAUUUUCCUUUGAAAAUAUAAUUUUACUUGAUUCUCACCAGUGCAGAUGUGUAUUGUAUUAAGUUAAUGAGGGAGUGCGACUAUCUUUGGGGAAAGCUUCCAUUCUGGGCUGUUAGCUUCUUGAAAUAACUUGAAUGUUGUUUUCAGAAUAUUGAAUUGGAUGAAUAUUGUUUUCAGAAUACUUCUGUCCUUGGUGGAGGUAAUGAAAUGAAUAUUAGUCUUCCCUGUAUUCCCUAUUGACUCAUUCCAUCCACUGUAGAAUUUCACUUAGUUAGUCUGCAGUGCCUUGCUUCUGACAAGCAAAUGAUUAGGUUUUACAAGGUGUGUCUUGAAAAAAGGCUACCACUUGCUCCUGUCAAAUCUAGUACAUUUUUUGAAACUAUUUCUUGUGUUAGCUUAUGGAAUAUUUCAGUUUCUAUUAAAUGAUUCCAAGCUUAAGUUCAUGGAAAUAGUCAAAAUGUCCAAAUUGAUUACACCAUACUUUGCCUGUAGUUUACUUCUCUGCAGGAAUGGUAUCUUGCAUAAUGAAAUUUCUCUCUUGGCAACCUACAAUGUAUGUUCCCUAGUCAGCACUCUCACUGAACACUCUCCUGAUUUGGACCCUCUUUUCUAUUGCACCCCAAUAUGGUGACCAAGAGGCUUUAUUUGGAGAGUAGUGUAUCACUGCAAAAUCAUAGCACUGUGUCAGCCGACAUGUGUGACCUCAUUCUCACCAUAGGACUUCUCAGGCAGCAGUGACCAUCAGCUGAUUUCAAUAGACAAUAGGUGCAGGAGUAGGCCAUUCAGCCCUUCUAGCCAGCACCACCAUUCACUGUGAUCAUGGCUGAUCAUACACAAUCAGUACCCUGUUACUGCCCUCUCCCCAUAUCCCUUGAUCCCGCUAUCUAUAAGAGCUCUAUCUAACUCUCUUGAAUGCAUCCAGAGACUUGGCCUCCACUGCCUUCUGGGGCAGAGCAUUCCACAUAUCCACCACACUCUGGGUGAAAACGUUUUUCCGCAUCUCUGUUCUAAAUGGCCUACCCCUUAUUCUUAAACUGUGGCCUCGAGUUCUGGACUCAUCCAUCAGUGGGACAUGCUUCCUGCCUCCAGUGUGUCCAAUCCCUUAAUAAUCUUUUAUGUUUCAAUCAGAUCCCCACUCAUCCUUCUAAAUUCCAGUGUAUACAAGCCCCGUCGCUCCAAUCUUUCAACAUAUGACAGUCCCGCCAUUCCGGGAAUUAACCUUGUGAACCUACACUGCACUCCCUCAAUAGCAAGAAUGUCUUUCCUCAAAUUUGGAGACCAAAACUGCACACAAUACUCCAGGUGGGGUCUCACCAGAGCCCUGUACAGCUGCAGAAGGACCUCUUUACUCCUAUACUCAAUUCCUCUUGUUAUAAAAGCCAGCAUGCCAUUAGCUUUCUUCACUGCAUGCUUGCUUUCAUUGACUGAUGUACAAGAACACGUAGAUCUCGUUGUACUUCCCCUUUUCCUAACUUGACUCCAUUUAGAUAGUAAUCUGCCUUCCUGUUCUUGCCACCAAAGUGGAUAACCUCACAUUUAUCCACAUUAAACUACAUCUGCCGUACAUUUGCCCACUCACCCAACCUGUCCAAGUCACCCUGCAUUCUCAUAACAUCCUCCUGACAUUUCACACUGCCACCCAGCUUUGUAUCAUCAGCAAAGUUGCUAAUGUUACUUUUAAUCCCUUCAUCUAAAUCAUUAAUGUAUAUUGUAAACAGCACCGAACCUUGAGGUACCCCACUGGUCACACCUGCUAUUCCGAAAGGGACCCGUUAAUCACUAUUCUUUGUUUCCUGUCAGCCAGCCAAUUUUCAAUCCAUGUCAGUACUCUGUCCCCAAUACCAUGUGCCCUAAUUUUGCCCACUAAUCUCCUAUGUGGGACUUUAUCAAAAGCUUUCUGGAAGUCCAGGUACACUAUAUCCACUGGCUCUCCCUUGUCCAUUUUCAUAGUUACAUCCUCAAUAAAAUACAGAAGAUUAGUCAAGCAAUGAUUUUCCCUUCAUAAAUCCAUGCUGGCUUGCACUGAUCUUUCUACUGCUAUCCAAAUGUGUCGUAAUUUCCUCUUUUAUAACUGACUCCAGCAUCUUUCCCACCACUGACAUCAGGCUAACCGGUCUAUUAUUCCCUGUUUUCUCUCUCCCUCCUUUCUUGAAAAGUGGGACAUUAGCCACCCUUCAAUCAGUAGGAACUGUUCCUGAAUUUAUAGAACGUUGGAAAAUGAUUACCAAUGCGUCCACGAUUUCUAGAGCCACCUCUUUAAGUACCCUGGGAUGCAGACCAUCAGGUCCCGGGGACUUAUCAGCCUUCAGACUCAACAGUCUAUCCAACACUGUUUCUUGCCUAAUAUAAAUUUCCUUCAGGUCAUCCUUUACCCUAGUUCCUUUGGCCACUAUUACAUCUGGAAGAUUGUUUGUGUCUUUCCUAGUGAAGACAGAUUUCAGCUUCCAUCAGAUCCAAAUAAAUAAUAAAUCAAUCAAAAUGCAACUGAUGAUGUCUUUUAUUUCAAAUUCAUUUAUUAGAAAGAGGUUCCCAACCUUUUUUUUAUGCCAUGGGCCAAUAUCAUUAAGCAUGGGGUCCAUGGACCCUAGGUUGGGAACCGUUCAAUACACCAUUAAAAAAAAAUCUGUUUUUUACUGGUGGGAAAAAUGCAUCCAGUGACAUUAAAUAAAGAGUGUGUAUUCUGAUCAAUGUUAUGAAGAUCAUUGAUGGAAUUUUAUUAUUUCUUGCAUUUGAGAAGAGUGAAUGCUAUGCUUUAUUAUAUGAUUAAGCUUUUUUUUAUAUAGUAUUGGGAAUAUAGACAAUCAAGCAGGAAAUAAAAUAAAUGCCAGAACUUUUCAAUCACUUUUCAAUCACCCACUUCUUCCUGCAAGGUGACUAUCUCUAGUUUGCUGUCUGCUCAGGCUGUGUUGUCAUAUGCUGCUGGAGUAACAAAACCUUGUGGCUCUGUAUUCAGAUUGAUAAUUAUUUUUGCAUUUCUCUGGUGAAAACCUUUGCUCUGGACAACCACUCAUAGUGAUGUUGAUGUCUUCUUUUAGACUAUGGGUUCCCAAACAGGGUUAAUAGUAGGGGUCUAUGGCAUAAAAAAGUUUGGGACACCCCCAUGUUAGGCAUUUGGCCCACUGAGUCUGCUCAGCCAUUUGAUAGUGACUUUUUGUCAGAAGCUGCCUGAUUUGCUGAGUUUUUGCAGCAGUUUCUAAAUUGAUUUGACUUCAUAUUUGUCCUCUUCACAUUUGAUCCUGAGAAUCAAAGUGUAGAUCUGCAUGAGUAAGGAAACACCAUCCCAUUAUUUUUGAUAACAUUAGUGUACUUAACUGCACAUUUCCUUUCCUUUCUUGGUUUAAGCCUCAAGACAAGCAUCUGGACAUUUAGUAUUUUGGGUUUUCUGAAUGUACAUUCAUUUGCAACUCAUACAUUCAUUCAACUCGUAAUUUCAAAGGUAAUGUUUAAAAAUGAUUGUAAAUUUAAAUUUUUUUUUAAUAGGAAAACCUAAACCCAUGAAAGCUUUACAUUCUUUGAUAUUGCACCCUGGUGUGUUUCUUGUAAACUAUGCUACUUUUCCAUUCCUGGGUAGCCUUUGUUAUAAUAUGGCACUUGUAUAUGUAUUAAAUAACUCAAAAUCUUAGCAUAAAGACUGUCUCUCUUAAACGAUACCUAUUUGGAUAAUAAGAUUUCAGUUUUAAAUUAAUUGGGUAUAAAUCCUAUCAGAGAUUUUGUGGUCUCAGAUUACCAAAUGUGUGCCAUCUGCUGUCAUCUUUAGACUAAAUAUUUUGUUAGUAAUUAUUAAACUGAUUAUAAUUGCACUAACCUAGGGAAAAAAUAAAUAGCAGCUUUCAUCAUAUUCUAGCAAUUGAAUAUUUUUUGACUGAUGUCAUAAUAAUAGCUCAGCCUUCUGUUUGAUGUUUGGCCCUCUGUGAUAUUAUUGAAUUCUUUUGCAUGUUUAGAAUUUGUCAUUACUCUUACUAGCUCUGGUGCUGAGUUCAGCCAUUUAACUAUAUUUCUACAGAAAAAAAUUCCACUUUGGUAGCACUGCCAUCAGUUAUUUGCCAUGACAUUUUUUUUUAAAGAAAACAUUGGAAACUUUAAAUCACGUUUCUCUCCAUUUUUUCAUUAUCGUACCGUGUUGCUGUAUUCUCAGCCAGCAUGUUAAUAUCGCUGCAGAUGAGCUGCUCUUUUUAUUGUUAAUGUAACUAUUAUGAUGUAAUAUUCCAGUGCAUCUGCUUUGCCUUUGGGCUUGUAGUCUUCAAUUUAGUGUUCCACUAAAGAAUCAUAAUUUUAGAUUAAAAAAAUCCCUUCUGCACAUAUUGUUCCCAAAACAUACUAUACUUGGAUGUAAUCAUGAGUCAACUAUAAUUAAUUCAACUUCAACAGGUUAUAUAAAUUCCAGUUCUUAUACAUUUAAUUUUUUUUUAAUUCCUCACAUUUAUCUUUCUCAGUUGCUGAUAAGGCAACAUUAUCAAUAUUCUUUAAAAAUUUAAGAAUAUUUAUUAUCAGUUAUUGCAACAAUUUUAAAAGUUUGUCUUGAUGGAAGUGACUUGAUUACCUAAUGAUUUUUCUUGGAAAUAUUCUAUGUUACACCAAAUGACUAACAAAGUAGAAAUUAAUUUACAUGCCAUGAAUAUUGCAGAUAAGGGGGACAUCAUAAACAUCACCAAUUUUGCAGUCCAAAAACUCAGUUUUGAGGAGAAGCUUGGCUCUGUAUUGAAACUUGAACAAGUUAGAUGGGUGGGUGUGUGGCUACCUCAUCUGUUGCUGUAUGUUGGAUGUGAAUGAGACUGGAAUUUUCUGCUUGGUAGGGUAGAAUUUCACAAGUUUAACAGUCGACUGUGAAGAGGCAGUUAUAAAUAAGUGGGAAGGUACUUUUAAAAAAAGGGAGCAUCAGAUAGCUUGAUGUAUUAUUCCUUGAUUGUGACGAUUACUUACCCUGGUUUCAGCUCAAGCACUUUUGUAUUGAACCAAAUGGGGUGGCAUGGUAGCGUAGUGAUUAGCAUAAUACGUUACACUACAAACGACUGGGGUUCAAUUCCCACUGCUGCCGGUAGGGAGUUUGUACAUGCUCCCCAUGACCAUGUGGGUUUCCUCCAGUUUCCCCUCACAGUCCAGACAUACUGAUGGUUGAUUAAUUGGUCAUUGUACACAUGAUCAGGGCCUAUUCCAUGCUGUAUCUCUAAAUAAAAUAAAAUCUUAAAAACUAAAGUAAAUAGUUUCCUCACUUCUAACUCUCACUGGGUUCCAGAGUCAAUGGUGACGGCUCCCAGACCAGUUUUGUUAUCUCUUCACCACUGUGCUGCCACCUUGGGACUUUUCAGAAGGGUAAAGGGUUAGAGUAAUGACCAUGCUGUCCUGUUAUUAACUGGCCUCACAGGCAGUUCUCCUGAGGAUCCAGUAAACUUGUUAUGAUUCUGACCUGUCCAGUGUGGUUCCCAUUUCAGUCGUGCAUAUGCUGAAAUCAAUCAAAUGUGAAUAACUGGAGACCAGGUAAAGAUGACAGAUUUCUCUCCCUUAAUGUUAUGAGUCAUGUCAGAGAUUUUUUAUGACAUCUGGUUGUUUCAUGAUCACCAUUACUAAUGCUAACCUUCUAAAUUCCAAAUUUAUUUAACUGAAUUUAACAAUACUUCAAUAAAAACAUGGAGUAA